UCUCCCGGCAGCAUGGCUGCUCUCUCUGCUCCAGGCCUCCGCCGACACCCGUGGAUAAGUAGCUGCAGCGGCCCGGCAAGAAACUCUGUCUCCGGCUGUAACCAUGGCCAAGACUGGUUUCUGCGACUCCAAGCCCCUGCUGGACUUACACAAGAAGGCGGAUGAGAGGCGAGCCCCAUUAAGAACUUGGUCUAAUGCCUGUGGGCCUAUUGAUCGCUGGCAGCCUGUAGAAGUAGACGAGUCCAGGAUGGCCCCUGUCAAAAUGGAGCCAGUACGCAGAUGGGAAACAAGGUUGUCCGCGCAAACAAGCAAAGCCAUAAUCAUGGGGUUUCAUGAGGACAGUGGAACACACUCAGCUGCAGAUGGGUGUGUGGAGGAGCCUGUGCUUCUUUACCCUCAUGGGCUGCAGGGUCUUCACAGCCUACAGGCACUGGUGCCCAGCUUGCUGCGCCACGAAGUAGAGACAGCACUGGAGAAACUGAACCUCAUACGGGACCGGACGUACGCCUGGGAAAUGUUCUUGGAUAUGAUGAGAACUCAGUCACGAAAUUCUUUUCCCAACACCGACCUUCCCCGACAUUUCACUGAUGCCACCCGUUGUGUCCUGGUAGACUGGCUCAUUCAAGUACACGAGAUAAUGCAUUUUACAGAAGAUACCCUCUAUCUGGCCAUACACCUCCUCAACCGUUCCCUGCGUCAGAUCAAGGUGACCACAAUCAACCUGCAGCUUCUUGGCAUGGUUUGCCUUUUCCUGGCUGCGAAGAAGGAAGAGUGUCUCCUCCCUGAGGUGUCUGGACUCUGCUACUUGAUGGACCACACCUACACUAAGCAACAGCUGCUGCGAAUGGAGCGCAAAAUCCUCGUAGGGCUCAAGUUUGAUUUGUCCAACUGUCCCCCUCUGCAUUUCCUGCUUCUCCUUGCCUCAAUUGCCCGCUGCAGUGCCAAGGUGGUGUGGAUGGCUCGCUAUCUGCUGGAGCUGUCACUCCUGGAGGGCCAGUGUGUGGUGUUUCUGCCUGUGCAGCUGGCAGGAGCGUCCCUCUGCUUGUCCCGCCAAAUUCUGCAGGAACCCCCAACACCAGAAGGGGAGGCUGCAUGGUGUUUGGCCUCCAGUGUCAAUGUCGGCAGUGAGACUGCCUUGCUGAGGAUCAUGCACAUUCUAGCAAAUGCCGCAGCCAAGGCCCACAGCAGAGAGACCUGCGCUACUUUUAUUAAGUUCUCCUCUCCAGAGACCAUGAAUGUCAGCAGGCAUCCGGGUCUACAGAAUGCCGUUGGUCUGCUGGGUGUAUGCACUUCACAUUCUUGACUCCCAGAGACGUAAUUAUGUUCUGAAGCUUCAAGGUAGAGAUGAUCCGUAUCACUUGAGGACUUGAUUCCUGUCCAAGCCUCUGACCAAGGCUGUGUAUUCUUUGCUGUGGAUCCCGAUGAGUUUACCAUGGAAAUAAGCAAGGAAGAAAUGUGAAAGAAUUGAUGUUGAACAUUGAAAAACAGAAGAUUGCAUGCACCUUACAUGCAGGUGAUUUAGCCAACCCAGUAGCACACCUGUUUUAUGAUCUUAUCUUGCAGCUGAUUUAUGAAAAUAUUUGAAUUGUAUUGAUAUGUCCUUGUCUUGUCAUUGUAAAGAGAAUGUAGGCUGUCAAAUUGUUUUUGAAAGUUUUAAUGUAAAAAUAAAGUGUCUGCUGCAA